AAUCGAAAUACACAUGCCAAACAAAGAUGACAUUAAUUCAAUAGAAAGAGAAAUACAAAAGUGAAAAUAUGGCGGAAUAGACAGUAAAGUGGGGUUGAUGAAGAUCAAAAUAAGAUUUAUUUGAUUGUUUCUAUUUAUGAAAUAAUGUUAAAUUAAAUAACAAAAGCGUUAAAUGAGUGCGGUGUGUCGUCGAUAUAUUAUGUAGGUGGGAAGUGCGUCGAUAAAUCCACCCUUUCGGAGUGGUGAGGUGUACAUACAAAAAAAAAUAAGUGACAAUUGAGUUUGGAAUAAUAAGGGUAUGAUUUCAAACCAUGGGUGCUCAGAAUACCAAGGAAAGAAAUAUUUCUGUGGGAACCCAUUCAAUUAGAACCACAAGAAAUAGACCUAGAAUUGCAAAAGAUGGACGUCAGCCCAUUUCCAAUAUUUUCACCGAACACAGUGAUUUUCGACUUCAUUCUCUCAAGGCUCUUUUACAAAGUCGACCUUUGCCACAUAUUCCUAGCCUUCCUGAAUCGGAUCCACCAGGAAGUCAUAACACUAAUACCAUCAAUUCCAGUCUGAGCACCCUAUCGAAUUCUUCCACUAGUGGAGCACCCUCUACACCCAUCUCAUUUGAGACUGCCAAUAGAUGGACCUCAAAAGAAAACCUCCUAGCCCAAGAAGAAGAUGACCCUCAACUCUUUGUUGCUUUAUACGAUUUUCAAGCAGGCGGAGAGAAUCAACUUAGUCUUAAAAAAGGAGAACAAGUUAGAAUAUUAAGCUACAAUAAGAGUGGGGAGUGGUGUGAAGCGCAUUCUUCUACUAACCAGGUUGGUUGGGUACCAUCGAAUUAUGUAACUCCUGUAAAUUCUCUAGAAAAGCAUUCCUGGUAUCAUGGACCAAUAUCAAGGAAUGCAGCUGAAUACUUACUUAGUUCUGGUAUCAAUGGUAGUUUUUUAGUACGAGAAUCAGAGAGCAGUCCUGGCCAAAGAAGUAUAUCCUUAAGGUAUGAAGGUCGCGUUUAUCACUAUCGAAUCAACGAGGAUACCGAAGGAAAAGUUUUCGUUACAGCUGAUAGCAAAUUCAAUACUCUUGCUGAAUUAGUUCAUCAUCAUUCUAUGAUAUCAGAUGGCUUAAUAACACAAUUAUUGUAUCCAGCACCCAAACAUAACAAACCCACGGUAUUUCCUCUGAGUCCAGAACCUGAUGAAUGGGAAAUUACCAGGACUGAUAUAGUUAUGAAACACAAGUUAGGUGGAGGGCAAUAUGGAGAUGUAUAUGAAGCUAUGUGGAAAAGGUACAACAUGACAGUAGCUGUGAAAACUUUGAAAGAAGAUACUAUGGCCUUAAAAGAUUUUCUCGAAGAAGCUGCCAUCAUGAAGGAAAUGAAACAUCCAAAUUUAGUUCAACUGAUGGGUGUUUGUACGAGAGAACCACCAUUUUACAUAAUCACUGAAUUCAUGAGCAAAGGAAACCUCUUAGAUUAUUUGAGAAAUGGUAACAAAGAUCAAAUUAAUGCCAUAGUACUUAUGUAUAUAGCUACACAAAUAGCGAGUGGAAUGAAUUAUCUGGAGAGCAGAUGUUUUAUUCAUAGAGACUUAGCAGCCAGGAAUUGUCUAGUGGGUGAAAAUCACUUAGUCAAAGUUGCUGAUUUUGGUCUUGCAAGGUUAAUGAGGGAUGAUACAUAUACUGCCCACGCUGGUGCCAAAUUUCCAAUAAAAUGGACAGCUCCUGAAGGCUUAGCUUAUAAUAAAUUUUCCACUAAAUCUGAUGUAUGGGCUUUCGGUAUUUUAUUAUGGGAAAUAGCAACAUACGGUAUGUCGCCUUAUCCUGGAGUUGAUCUAACGGAUGUUUAUCACAUGUUAGAAAAAGGAUAUAGAAUGGAAUGUCCGCCGGGAUGUCCUCCAAAAAUUUAUGAGCUUAUGAGGCAGUGUUGGCAAUGGCAUGCAAAUGAUAGACCUACUUUUAAGGAAAUCCAUCAUGCCUUGGAAAAUAUGUUCCAAGAAUCAAGCAUUACAGAAGAGGUUGAAAAACAACUGCAAGGCAAUGACUCUCCAUCAGUUCCUUUGGGAACUCCAAAUAUGGCUUUCAAAAAGUCACAUUCAGGAAGUACAGGAAAUAUUCAUGGCCUUGUUGGACUAACAGAACCUAGUGAUACUCUCAACAAUACAUCUAAUAAACUCUCUACUUUUACUGGAGGAUCAAAGACUAACGUUCAAAUGAGGCGGUCUACUAAUAAAAAAGGAAUGCCUGCCCCUGCACCUCCCAAACGUACAAGUUCUUUUCGAGAUAGUACGUUUGAGGACCAAGGACAAACAGAAAAUAUAGGAGAGGAUGGGACUGAUUUAAAUGGACUGACUAGAGAACUUCAAACAUUAACGUCAAGUACAAAAUGUGAUAGUGAAAGUGAUUUACAAGAUCAAACUCCUGAUACGGACGAUUCAGGAGCCCAUUCUUAUCCAGAAAUAUCAACCACUAGUAGCUUUAUACCAGGUGCAGGGUCUUUUAAGAGGGUUCCAAUUAUGGGUAAUAAAGGAUUGGAACAAAGAGGGAAAAAGACUAAAUCCAAGGAACCUACGGUUGUAGCAGCUUUAGAAGUUCAAAAUGUCCGCAAGGCUAUUAGCAGAUACGGUACUCUUCCAAAAGGAGCUAGAAUUGGUGCAUAUUUGGAGUCUCUUAGACAGAACAACAUGUCCUCUAACGAGGAAGUCAUUGUUCAAGCUGUCAACCCAGUAUUGGACCAAUCUGAUACCACGCCAAGAUCAUUGUCUCCAAGAACUAGCAUUCGAACACAACCUCAGAUGAUUAGAAGUAACUCAUCCGGAGGAGUUACAACGUUUCACUCUACACAUCCUCCAAGUUCCCCUACUUCUAGUAAGUUAGCUAGAAAUCGAAACAUAACUAGGAAUAACAGCGCUGACGUAAGAAGUAGUUUGAGAAGUUUUAAAACGUCACAAAAUAGCUCUUUUAGGGCUGGAAGCCCUUCAAGAUCGAUCCAACCAACUUUGGCUGAUUUGGAAUUCCCUCCCCCGCCUACAGAUUUACCACCACCUCCAGAAGAAUUUGAUGGAUCUGAUGUUGAUCAAGUAGACUGUAACACGUCCACAAUGACUUCAUCCCAAGAACUAAAAAAGCGAAUCAUUCCUGGAUCACCCCUAACCACCAAAAAAGUAUCUCGCGAAUCUCAACCGACCGAACCGUCUGAAACUAGCGACGUUAGUACCCUCCAACCUUCUGUAGAGGAAGCAAGUUCGAGAUUCGGUGUUAGUUUGAAAAAAAGGGAAACUGAUAAGGAUAUUAAAGAUGAUGGGAAGGAGCGUGCCAGUCUUACUCUCACUAGUCCAAGUCAAGAUGGUAAAAGUUCCAUCAGUGCCGAUUCCGAUGUUCCUGUUGUUGGUUCCCCAUUGGAACCGUUACCUCCUCCACCGAGUAUUUCAGAAAGUGAUGAAGCCAUAGAAGCUGAAGACAAUAAAUCCUCCAAAGUGUUCAAAAAUAAAUUGGUGAUGAAAGAAAUGGAAUUGAAAUUAGUCGCGGAGAUAAAGGAAAGUCAGAAUUUGAAGAGUAAAAAUAUAAAAGAAUCUCCAAUUGAAACUUUAUUGGCUGUGAGUGGCAUUAGCCAUGAUCCUGUUUCUCAACUCGUAACUGAACUUUCACAAUCUCUCAAUUUAGAAAAAGACCUAGAUAUUAACGUACCACGAAAGAAUUCUCAAGGAAAAUUAACAACGAAUAAUGGAGUAACAUUUGUAUCACAGCUCAAAAAAGUAGAUGCUAAAAAAUCCAUUAAUACUACUAAAGAAAAAGUCGAAAAAGACACUUCCGUCAUCAUAGAUUUUAAAUCCAGACUAAGAAAAGUCGAAAAUGAUAAAAAAUCCGAUGAAAAAGAAGACAACGAAUUUGAACUCAAUAAAAGGGAAAGCACUGCUAGUUCUGACAGUGGAAACUUAAAAUUAGAUGAUAGUGAUGACAAAAGGAAGAGCACAGGCAGCAUUAGUAGCUUAAAAAAACUCUGGGAAGCCAAAGAUAAUUCCGAAACGGGAGGAAACAUCCAAUUGAGUCCCAAAUUAUCAAUUAAAAACAGCAAAGCUGAAGAAAUAUUCGAGAGUUCGCCAGUAGAAACUUCAGAUGAAUCGGUUAAAUUAGAAAAGUCUAUAAAAACUGAAAAAAAAUCUUGGCCUCCUGCACAAGAGGAAAAACCUGUUAUUCCCACAAAACCAGCAGUAAAAGCUUUAAAACCUUUAUUGGGUCGAUCGGCAGGAUCUGCAAUUUACGCUACGCCAAUGGCUACCACAAACACUAAUUAUUCAAAGCCCCCAAUAAUGACCAAACCUGCUACAAUUGAGACCAAAACACCAGAAGAGGAGACCAAAUUAUCAAUGAUUGACAAAAGUGGGAAGGAUAACAUUUUGGAAAUAUCUCAGGCCUUGGAAACAACUUUGAACAGCAUCAAAUCGAAUUCCGCUGUUUCAUCCGCGACUUGGUUACAGUUAUCUGACAAAAUAGGUUUAUUGCACGGUAUUUGUAUGGAUUAUGCCGAUAAUGUAGUCCCGGCACAUACCAAAUUCCAAUUUAGGGAACUGUUAACGAGAUUAGAAAGUCAGGCUAGACAGUUACGGUCGGCAGGUUCGAGAAAUUCUAGCGAAAACACCCGAUGUCUCAACGAAGUGAAUAAUACUAUUAAAGAUGUUGUAAAUGUCGUUUUUCGUUAAAAAAAUUUCAAAUCGACUCCGACUUACAAUUAUCAUUAUACGAAUGUUAGGACCAAUUUGUUUAAUGUUUCGAUUUUCUGUAAGGUAAGUUGCAUAUUUCUGACGAGAAGUGUGUGAAUGUCGAAAGUAUUUUUUUUUAUUUGUUUUCAAGUUUUGGAUUUUUGUUUGUGAAACACUGUACACUGUCAAAAGAAAAUGGGAUUAUCCAUGUGAAGUUCAGUGUGAUCGUUUCAAAUGAAACCACCUUUGUUAAUAAUUCUCAGUAUUGGUAAACGACAUUAUGUGUCAAUUAUUUUUUUUUAUUAUUCAAAAAUCGAAAUUGUAAUCAUUUUUUAAUAAAUUUUAACAUAAAUUUGUCCGGUUAAAUGUUUUAUAAAUAUUUCAGGAAAUUUAUAAUAAUAAUAUAUAUUUUUUUAGUAAUAAUUCGGUUAUAUUAUCAUUUACUAAUAUUAAUUUUAUGUAGCUCCUCAGAAAAAAGUCAUUAGAUCAAAAGACAAAAAGGCAAUCAUUCAAUCAGCAUACAGUUUUGAAUACCGAUUAAUUAAGUUAUUUUCAACCUAUGUUUUAAUCAAUUUAGGGAUAGUCCUUCCAAACAAACUGCAGAUGUACAAUCGUAUUCCUAAAUUUCAAUCAAUAGCCCAUUAUAUGUAGAAUAUACCAAAAACAUAUUACGUUGCUGAAUCUACAUAAUUCUCAAAUUACAAUUGGUAGAUUACACCUAUAUAAUCAAUAAUAAGACAAAAAAGAUAUUAAUUUCCCUUUUUAAUUUUCUCCAUAAUCAAAGCAUACUGUUCUGAUUAGUCUUCCGUUCCAUUUUAAUUUCUCGCAAUAUUUUUGGUGCAAUGAGUAAUGUUCAAAUCUAGAUAACAUGUAUUCUGAACUGCAUUCAAAUUUAUUUACUUCUGUAGAUUCUCAUCUUAGUAGGUAUAAGAAAAUAUUAUCAACAAAUGAUCAUGAUAUUUAAUUCCUAUUAAAUAAUCUAUUAGCAUUGGUGCUUUCAAGAAACGAUUUUGUUUUUAUGCAUAUAAACAUACUGAACAAAUCUGGUUUCUAUAUUUACUUCACUAAACUGUGAUACAGCUUAAAUAAUUUUUAGGCAUUUCGAUAUGCUCAACAAAUAAUUUAUUCUCUACAUUCAACCUUUCAUAUCUUAAUGUAUUUAUACUACUUUUGUGACUAGCACUUGACUUAUGAAAUGCUAAUUGUAUUGAAAAUGCAUGAUUUGAUAGUUUUUGAUAGAUACUUAUAUUUUAUAUAUUUUUUAUUAAUUACUGAGAUUAUAAUUUAAUUCUUCAAAAAAUGUUAGUCACAACAAAAAAUGAUGAACAUGAAUGUUAGAAGCUCUCUAUAUAUUUAUUGAAUGUUAUAUCAUUUAUUUUGGAAACAUGGUGAUCCGUUUACAAUGAGCAGUUAUUUUUGUCCAUAUAUAAUUAUUUGGAAUAUUUUUCAAUUGCUGGCAUGUGAAAUACUCAUUGAAAACAAAAAUUUCGACUUUAUGGCAAGGUACUAUUCAUUUAUAGUCAUAAAUAGAUUUCAAUAUUAAUUUGUGAUUCUCUACAAUUACGACUCAUGAAUUUUUCAUUCUAUUCUCAUCCUUGUACUCUUAAAAAUGAAAAAUAUGUACGAAUUCUAAUCAAUUUAGAAAAGGAGUUUAACAAAUGAAUAAAGAUAAAAUAUAUUGUCACUAACUUGGAAUUUCCUCUCUAUAAUUGAACAUUCUUGCCAAUUACUAUCUCUUGCCAAUUAUUUAUUUUUGCAUUUUAUCGAUUCUAGCUCAAUAAUUCUUUUUUUUUUCUACUAUUUUUCUUCCUUAACCUCCUCCAUCGAUCUUCGAAAUUAUCAGUCAUUACAUAGCUUUCUUUAUAUUCAAAAUAAUGUUGAUAUUGUUUUUGGAAUGAUAGAAUCACCUAAGUGUUUCUAAUUGUAAUUAUUUUUCUAUUUAUUUUAUUUAUUUUCAUUUAUGUGUAUUUGCAAUACAAUUUUGUACCUCUAUCCUUUCUUCUGUCUAACCUCCAAACUAUGUGAUUUUUUUCCUUUUUACUAAAUCAGUUGAUUUUGAAGACUGAGUCUGAUUUACAAUUUUAUGAAUUUGAUAUUUGAAUAAGAAAAAAAGAGAAUAACUUGCUCAAAGUCUCUAAACACUAUUUUUAACGAAUAAAGAUUUAAAUAAAUUUGUUUAAUAUGUCUGACGAUGUCUAUCGAGUAUUUCCCAAAAAGCAGUUUAGUACACAAAAGUAGUAAUUAAAAUAGAAUUAAAUAUUUAUAUAAGCUUAUGCUAGUCUUUGUCUUUGUAAUAUAAUUUUUGGUUAAUUACAUUGUGCGUGGGUGAAUGUCUCCUUAGUAGUAUAAGAUUUAAGAAAAACCUGAUUCAACUGUAAUGUUAUUUUUGUCAACAAAUUUUCUAAAAUCCAAAGAUUACACUGGUUUGACGAUUUAUCGUUUGUUAUUUUAUGUGAACAACAAAAAUUCGUUUCUUAAUAAGUAACUGGUCUGCAAAAAAAAAAAAAAUAGUCAAGCCCCUGCACUAUUUUCGGCGAAUCCCAUGUAAAAUAUCGUCCUGAAUCUAAAUGUAACUACCGUUUUCAUCACCCACAAUUUUCGAGGGAGACUCGCACGUUUAUUUUUACCACCUUUCGAUAAUAAUAAUAAACUUUGAUUUUGAAGGGGUAAAAAUAACUAUUUCAACUGAAAACAAGGAUAAAUGAUAAAGAUAUAUACCAUUAUUUGCUUCCUUUUUUUACAUAUCCUGAGGUACAUGUGCCUCGUUCCAAAAACCAGCAGUACUCCGCCAAUAUGCUUGCACUCUACUUCCCUGAAAAUCUCUUCUCCAUCUCAGCGAUGUCUUUAUGGAUCAUUUGCCGUGUUCAUCAGAAGCUUCUCCUAAAUUUUCAGAGAAGUCCACGGGCGAGUGAAGGAAGUGUACUUUAAGAGACAUGUUUCAUCUCAUGGCCUUGUACACUAAUAGCAAUUCCCCGGCGUGAGCCCAAUUUAUUAAUGUUGUUAUAUAUUUGUAUUUUAUUGUAGUUUUUAUGUACUUUUAUAUAGUGACAAUGUUGCCAUACACUUUGCUAUAAAUUUUAUUACCUGCUUUCGAUGUUUAAUGGUUAAAAGUAGAAAUAUGUAACAAAUAAGUGAAAAAUAUGUGAUAACUAAGUAGAGGAUGAGGAAAACUGAGGUCAUAUUUGCAAUCAAGGGGUCAUUUUACACAGGAAUGGUCAAGAAUGGUGUCGGGCUGAUUUUCUAGCAGACCAGUGUAAUAGUACCUAUCAAGUAAUUCAUUGAAUUGUUUUUAUGGACUAUAUAACAAUUCCAUUAAUAAUAUUCAUUAACAGAAAGAGCUAGUGGAAAGGGUUGCAGUAUAUGUUCAAUAAUUUGUAUCUAAUUUUGAGCAUUUCAAUUUCUUUGUGUUUUGUUGAUUUGCAUUCUUUUAUAAAUUGAUUUUUACCAUAACAUUAUAAUACUGUUAUGAUUUUUUGGAGCUUUAUUUGUUUAGAGUAUCGUUUUUCCAACUUGAUAUGAAUAUGAGUAAGGAGCCUCAUAAGUACAUCUAAUUAAUAUCAUCGCAAAAUUCAAAAACGUUAUCGAAAACAAAGAAACAGACAAACAUACAAAUCAAGAAAAAAAUCGGCAUGAGAGACUUCACUUUUUAUACAUUUGAUGUCUACAUAAAAUGGCAGAAGUAGCUAUUCCAACAUAAAAUUGGAAACAAAAACCCGCAUAAUUAUGAGAAAUUGCAUAAAUGGAAACCUGCUGAUUAGAAAACGCACGUUAUUUUAUUUUUUGUUGCAUAAACCCUGAAUAAACCUCCCUAAUACAUGUUUUUGACGAUACAUAUUUCGAAUACAAACUUACAAAUUAUUAGGAAACUCGAGACGAUCGUCAGUUUGUUUCAAAAUGUUAAUAACUGUUGGCUGUUAAGGUAUGAACUUUAUAAACAAGGUGAAAUUAUCUAUAUUUGUAAAAUGCUCCGCUGUAUUAUACACUCUCCCGGGAAAUCCCAUACAUCUCCAGAAAAUCUGUCCAUGGAUGUCUUUUACUUUUACGGCUGCUAUUUUUUGAAUUCUUUUAACACGGUAAACCAAAAGAAUGUCUUACUACUUAUGAGAGCAGAGAGAAUAAUAUUGUGUUGUACCUAUAACGAUAAUUAUUGUUUCUGGUGUGUUUUUCAACACAAAAUUACCUGAAUUAUAGAUUAUAAACUGUUUAACUAAAUAUUAAAUCAGUUUAUUCCCCCGAUUUCGGGAGAUUAAUUUAAUGAUAGUUUAAAGACUAUUAAACUUGGUUUAACAGUCGGUGCAAUUCAGAAAACAAAAUUAAGCCACUGUUAGAGUUUGAACCAUUGUUAACCUUAGGGUGCAAGUAGCCACAUUAUUUCAAAUUCUUACUAAGUUAAUUAACCCAGGAGCGGUCGCGUUAUUUCGUGUUACGUAUGUAGUCGUGCAUUAGAUUUUUUCUAAAAUUAAGAAAUUCAAAUUAUAAUUAAAUAAUAACACUGUUAUUUCAGUAACCUUUUCUUUUUGGCUAUCAAUGUUUGUCCAGUUGUGGCAGUUCCAAUCUUCACUUCUACUUCUAAAUCUAUAUUUGUCUUAAAUCUCUCCAGCUUACUUCUAGUAGCUCUUCUGUGGCACCUAAAUCCAAAAUAAACCAGCUUUCCUUUUGUGACAGAUUCGCACAAUUUAAUGCUAUGAAUGCAAUUGAAUCAUAUUAUAUUGCUUGAGAGUUGCCUGUUGGCUUGUUUGUCUGUGCACUACUCUAGACGUUCUUCUAUUUCUCCUUCUGCCUUUAAAAGUUCCUCUUUUUGUUGUGUUUUCUCUGCAUUCUACUAUUUUGUGACCCGACUUGCCACAUUUAUAACAUACAUACUGAUUUGUGUGCUCUUUGGCUGAUUCUAUAUUUUGUAUUCAACUUUAGUUCUUCUUAAGGCCCGUUUACACGAGUUUAGUGAGCAAUUAUUUAGUUAAAUGUUUAGUUAAUUUCAAGCCGUGUGAACAGACAGUUUAGUACAGGUACUAAACACUAAACUUCAGCAUUGCUGUGACUAUUGAAAUAUGUUGAAGCUAGAGAAUAUCUCAAAGAUUUUAUCGAUCUGAAUCUUACUUUAACAUAUUUCAAUAGUCAUAGCAAUGCUGAAGUUUAGUGUUUAGUACCUGUACUAAACUGUCUGUUCACACGGCUUGAAAUUAACUAAACACUAAUGAAGCUAGAGAAUAUCUCAUAGAUUUUAUCGAUCUGAAUCUUACUUUAUUUUUUGUAUAUAGUAGAUAAACUUUCAGGAAGUGUGUAUAAUUAUAAGACAUUUUAUUAUAUAUUCUUCACCAUCAUAUGUUCUUUCUUCGUGUGUGAGAUGACCUGUUAAGCCACUGUCUACUACAAAAGUUGUGUCUAACUCAUCAUUUUCUAUCUCGUAUGAAAUAGCUCACAGUGUUGUUCUGUCUUCUGAAAUGAUUUUUUUGAUCUCUUUUAUAAUAUUAUACACUUAUCUUUAUCUUUUUUGUAGCAGUUACAUGAGUUACAACUCCAGCAGUUUAUUCUAGGUGCAUAUUUUUGUUGCACUUAUUGUAAUGUUUGAAAACUCUACUCUACUUGACCGUUUUUUUUUUCUUGAUUGAGAUUGCUUCGGUUCGAUUUGUCAUUCAUUGUAUAGCCAGUUUUUCUUGAAAAGUUACAUGUACCUUUACAUUUGUGAGUUUUGAAUUUUGUGUUGCUACACAAAAUCAUUAUUAUUUCAUUUUUUUCUCCUGUAGUAAUCUCCAACGGAGAUAAUCGAUUGUUUUUUCUUUUGCAGGAGUUGAGUUCCAUGGUAGGGUUACAAUAUUUUUGGUUAUUAACAUUUCCUUAUCUACUGUGAGACGUACAUUCUUUAGUUCAAAACUUGCGGUUUCCCAAAAUAUUUUUAUUCUUGUCAUACUGUAAACAUUUCUGUUGAUGUUUGGGUUUACAUAUGGAUCAAUAGUCCUCGUGGGUUUUCCAUGAAGCAAUUUUCUUCUCAUCAUUUUCUGACUGUCUGUGAGCUUCGUUAUAAAUUCAGUGUUGUCUUUGUUGCACAUAUUAGAUAUUGAAAAUAUUUUACUUGCAGAAUAUUCUCAGUUUCAAAUUAAUUUCUUUAUUUUUAUUUUUUUAUCCUACUUCCGCACUGUACUACACAUUCUAAUUCACACAAAAUGAUGUAUUUCAUUUUUACAAAACUUCUCUUUAAUAAAAAUACUAACACUAUCAUUAAGACAUUCUUAUUCUAGAAACUUGGACAAGACAAGCAUCAUAGAAAUAUCUAACAACAAUUCGCAAACGUAGGAACCAAUAUUAUAUUAUAAAUGUUUGUCAUGGUAUAAAAUUAUUCUACUGAGUUUAUAAAAAUGAAAUAUUGAGUAUUCAACAAAAAGUUGGAUUACAUAAAAUUUAUGACCCCAUCAUACCAAUGUGAACAUUAAACUGCAACCCUGUAAGAUUUUAAGGUUUCAAUUUUCUGUUUUCUUUUAAAAGCGGUGUAAAAAUUGUUUAAUAUUUUAUUUGUUGAAUUUUUUUAUGCUUUAUUCCAUAUAUUUUAGAAAAUUCUGAAAACAGUAUUUAGAAUGUUGGGAGUUGAUUUUAAUAAAAAUAUUAGCUUAGAUAGAAAAUACUCUUUUCCUUUCGCCGAUGAGAGAAAGAUUGUAAAUUGUUUCUUGAAACAAUAAUAUUUCAAAAUCCUCCUACUUAAUCCAGUUCAAUAUUAAAAAAAAUCAAAUUUAUUAAGAAUUUGGAUAAAAUUCUUAUGACCUUAGCUAUGCAUUUAAUUUUAAAAAUACAUCAAUUUCAAUCACUUUUUAUUUGAAAGUUCCCUAGUCAGAAAACACAAGUGCAUUAUUCAUAGUACAUUUUAUUUUUCUAAUAGGCUCACUCUCUGAAAUGCUCCAUAUUAAUAAUAUAUUUAAAAAAUAUGCUUCAUCAAUUGUGUGUGUUUGAACAGUAAAUUGCAACGAUAUAUUCAAUCUAUGUGCAAAUAAUACUCUUUGAACUUAGAUGCUAAGUGUCAUUAAAACUUGUGUUGAUUGAAUAGUCAUUUAAAAUGUAUUUAUAUCUGUAGCGUUUACUCAUAUUAAAUAUUUUUUAUAUUUCAUAUCUAUUAUACAAGGAAAAAUGAGAAACGAUAUUGAAUAAAUUUGAUUCUUCAUUAUUGCCUUCUUACUACUUUCCCAAUGCAGCAACAAUCUUUCAUAUUUAUGUAUAUAGAUGUCUUUAAUUUUUUAUUUCUUGGACACUUUUAUAUAUUUUAGUUGCUGAAUUGUCUCUUUUGAUUAAAAAUGUAUAUUCGAUAAAUAUGUAUAUUAUACUUACAUAUUGUACAUAAGUUAUGGAUGGUUAAAAGCUCCAUCUGAAUACAAACUUAAAAGAGGGAAUCUUUUGAAAACUCCAAAUGUUCCUCAAUAUUUUUCCUUGUGAUACAUUCUGAGUUUAUUUCUCAACUUUUGAUAUUGAAUAUUCAUUUUUUACCACAAUAUUUAAAUUUCAAUGAUGAUAAACUGUUACUUUUAUCAGUCUAUAUAAAGACACCUUUUUUAAUCACCUAAUAGAAGUAUCAAAUUUAUUUAAAUAUUAAAUAACUAUUUUCUUGUAGAAUUUGCAGAUACAGUAUAAUGGUAAAUAAUAUGAAAUGGGAAAAUGUCAUGAGAAGAUAUUUUUGUUGCUAUGUGUGUUCAUUUAUAAAGGGUGUGAAUUUCACCAAGCGCCGUUGUGAAAGGUGUCUACUUAUUACACCAUAAAAUUCUGUAAACGAAAUUUUGUAGAUUGUAUAUACUAUAAGUAAAAAUUGAAUUAAUUGUAAUUUAAAAACUCCCGCUUUUCAGCACAAAGCGAAAAAUAUGGAAUCGAGAAUCCGAAAACCAUAAAAAUAACUAUUAUUCAGUACAUUUUAUUCCUAUGUUGUCACUUUUGUGAUUCGCUUGAUCUUCUUGAUAGUGAUUAUUACAUCCCAUGAUAUGCUAGGAGCACAAAAUUAAUUUCUUAUUUCUCAGACCUUUAGAUAUGUUUAUAUUUCUAAAUCGUCUUGAUUUUAGGUCUCUUCUUAUAUGAAAUUGGAUUUUUUCUAUAUUUUUAGGUAGGUAAAAAUUUUGCGUUUCCACUAUUUUCAGUCUUUAUCAAAAUAUGAUUUAUCACUGGCAAUUUGCGCAUUUAUAUUAAUCGAUAGAUAUAAAAAAAACUAGUUUUAAAUAGAAGAGACUUAAAAUCAAGACGAUUAUAAUGUUAUAAACAUAAAAUUAAUUUGACCUAUGGUCAUACAAAUUUUUGUUGGCUCACAUAUCAUCAAAAAGAAAAGAUACAGACACCUUGAAUGUCCCAAUAUUUUUAUUUCUUGCCUUUUUGAAUCAUUUAUUAAAAAUAAAGUAAUACUUACAAAUAUUGACUUCUUUAAAUGAAGUAAUAAUGUUACAUCCAAAAAUUGAAAUCUAUUACACAGAAAAUAUUAAGGAAGAUUAAUAUACAUUGACCACAACCACCAAUUAUUUUGGUAUUAUAAAUGUAAGCAAAAUGGACGGAUAUAGCUUGUGAAAAAAUAUAUAUUAUACUUUAUGCUUUAUCUGCCGGCAGAUAAAAUUACUAGUCUACAUCUAUGGAAUUGUCAGUAGAACUAAUAAAACAAGUAAUUUUUUCUUCUAAUAAAAACUGCUCAGAUCUUUAUAUUUUCCUCAAAUUGCAUUCAAUUUGUGCCAUGCUCUUUCUUUAUUAAAAUAUGGUACAUCAGAACUAAAAAAUAAUAAUUAAAAAAAAACCAAAAAUUCUAAAGUACUUCCUAGCAGAGUACCUAAUUUUAUUUUGUGAUUAAGUAGUAUAAGACGCCAGUCAUGUACUGUCUAUAGGAUAGCAUUUUUUGUACUCGUCUAGCAGGUUUUUGACAUUUUUUGUAUAUAUAGUAUAUUUAUAUCUACUCUGCAUUUUGUACAGGCUUCAUAGGUAGGCAAUAACAGACUGUAUCUAUUGAAAAUAAAUUUGCUAAUUUAAAAUAAAA